GCGACUGAAUUCAGGCGCUGCAUUUUGUGCACAAGCCAACAAGCAAAGCGACUGACGCCAAGUUGUUGUUGUUGUGCAAAGGACACCGCGACCACCACUCCUGCCCCUUCUGUGGCUUUCCUUGUUGCUUCUUCCUCGUUUUGUGUUGUGCCUGUCCGGACCGUCUUUCGUGACAGCUGAAGGGCCAGCCAUGCCUGUCGACGUUGAUCACACCUUCAAGGUGCUCUUGUUGGGGGACCCGAAGGUUGGCAAAACAGCACUGAUCCUCAGGUUUGUGGACAAGAUAUUCUCCACCCAUGACACUGGCUCCUCCUCUGUUGGCGCCCAGUUCAAAAUCAGGAGCACUUUGGUGGACGGCAAAGUCAUCAAGUGGCACGUGUCAGAUGCAACAGGCUCCGACCGCUUCUUCACCAUCACCGCCGGCUUCCUGCGCGCCGGCGAUGUGAUCCUGCUCACCUUCGACCUCACCAACCCGGAGAGCUUCGAGAGCCUGGAGACGUGGGUGGGCGAGGUGAAGAAGAAGGCGCGAGAGGACGUGCUUCCCGUGCUCGUUGGCUGCAAGUCGGACGGCGACCGCCAGGUAACCGACGACACCAUCCGCGAGUUUGCCAAGCGCCACAAGCUCAUGUACUUUGAGACGAGUGCCAUGGAGGGGAAGGGCGUGGAGGACAUGUUUGACCACAUUGGCCUGCGGCUGAUGGAGAAGCAGGCCAGCGUGGCCAAGACGGGUGCCGGGGCCGUGCGCGGGAACGGGGCGCCGCAGGUUGGCUGGCUCAUCAAGCGCGGGUCGCGGUGGCCGCACAAGUGGCAGCGGCGCUGGUUUGUGCUGGACAGCAAGCAGCUCUCCUACUCGCGGGAAGAGGCGCCCAACAGCCAGAUCCUCGGCUACCUGGACAUUGACGCCGUGAUUGGCGUGCGCGUGGAGUCUGGCGCCCCGCACUACGGGUUUUCUCUGCGAACGCCAAAGCGCACGCUGCAGAUGCGCGCCGGCAGCCAGGCCGUGCGCAACCAGUGGCUGGAGAAGUUCAGCGACGUGAUCCGCGUGGUGCCGGACACGCGGGUGAAGCUGCAGCACCCGCUGCCGGAGCUGUCGCGCGGGGAGGUGGUGAUCAAGGGCCUCAUCCUGCAGCAGAACCUGCCCGUCUCCGUGCACCACCCGCAGCUGGACAAGCUCUUCCAUGCCAGCGACGCCUUUGAGUUUUACCAGUACGUGCAGUGCCUGAAGAAGCUUGGCGGCGGGCACCGCAAUAUUGUGGCCUUCCACGGCUUCACCGCGCUGCCCAUCCCCGCCAAGCUGGAGAAUGUGCCGGCAGACACGCUGACGCGGCUGGCGUCGAUGGGGGUGAAGACCACACCCGCUGUCCUCCUUGACCUCUUUGAAACGCCAAUGACAUCCGUCUUCCUCACAGACACCCGGCCACGCACCCUCAAGCAAUCCCUCACGGCCAUGCUUGAGGUUGCCUCUGCUGUGGAGUACUUGCACAGCCACUCGAUUGUACACACGGACAUUGCGGCAAACAACAUCAUCUGCACGCGCGACCUCAGCCUGAAGAUUCGCCUCCUCCCCUCUGCCCGCUCCUUCUCAAAGUCAAACGAAUUCAAAGGCAGACAAGGACAGCCGGGGUACCAGUCGCCCGAGUCGCAGCGGGACCGCCCGUGGACGUCGAUGGUGGAUGUGUAUGCGCUGGGCGUGCUGCUGUUUGAGAUUGCGCACCAGCGGUCUGCGUACUUCUACCCCGGCAGCCCCUAUGAGGCCGGCAGGUCCAUCCAACCCGGCACGCGGCCCGACCCCGCGGAGACGGCGACGGCGGCGGCGCAGUGCGAGGCGGUGCAAGGGCUGAUCAACGACAUGAUGAGCAGCGAGCCGGGCGAACGGCCCGUGCCGCGCAAGGUGGUGGGGGCGCUGCAGCGGGAGCUUGCCAAGAUUGCGGAGAGCGAAGAGGCAAACGAGCGCGGGGGCGCGGAGUAAUGGACGACACGGGAUGCUGAUGAAGUGAAGGACAACAGCAUCGCAGUUGAUGGAGAAAAUACAUGUGUUGCGUGCGUGUGUGUGUAUGUGUGCGUGUGUGUGAUUUGCCUGUGUGCGUGUGUGUGUGAAUUGCGUGUGUGGUGUUUCUUGCAGUGUUGCUUGCUUCCUUCUUGCUUGCUUGCUUGCUCGUUACCGAAAUCUGUUCUCUUCCCGACACCUUUGUUGUGUGCGUGGUGUUGUUAUAUGCGUCCAUGUAUAUGAGCGAUAGAGGUCACAUGCGCGCCUUACGUAUGUGUGUGAGUGUGUGUGAGUGUGUGUGAGUGUGUUGCCUGUACUGUUGUGCGUUGAGGCAUUGCCGUUCCAGCCAUCGCAUUGUCAGUGUGUCGUGCAUGCGCCCAACAAAUAAACGGCACUUGAUGCUUUCUGU